GACGCAGCGAGGGCAGCAGGAAUGAACAACAAUAGAAACCUACACAGGCAGCACAGCACCAGAACCUCUGUUGAUCUGUUGAUAUUUUUCUACACUUAACAUAAGGUUUCAGGGUCAAGACAAUGGCCACCUCAGCGAGUUCAAAACUGAACAAAGCUAUUAAGCAGCAGUACAUGGAUCUCCCUCAGGGGGACAAAGUCCAGGCCAUGUACAUUUGGAUAGAUGGGACUGGAGAGGGUCUUCGAUGCAAGACCAGAACUUUGGAUUGUGAGCCCAAGACGAUCGAGGAUCUACCUGAGUGGAACUUCGACGGCUCCAGCACCUACCAGUCAGAGGGCUCCAACAGCGACAUGUACCUGAUCCCUGCAGCCAUGUUCAGAGACCCUUUCAGGAAAGACCCCAACAAGCUGGUGCUCUGUGAAGUGCUCAAGUACAACCGCAAGCCAGCAGAAACCAACCUGCGGCAAACCUGUAAGCAGGUCAUGAGCAUGGUGGAAAACAACCACCCGUGGUUCGGUAUGGAGCAGGAGUACACUCUCCUGGGCACCGAUGGACAUCCCUUUGGAUGGCCCUCCAACGGCUUCCCAGGUCCACAAGGGCCUUAUUACUGUGGAGUGGGAGCAGAUAAAGCAUACGGACGAGACAUCGUGGAGUCGCACUACAGAGCCUGUCUGUACGCUGGGGUUCAGAUCUGUGGCACCAAUGCUGAAGUCAUGCCAGCUCAGUGGGAGUUCCAGGUCGGGCCUUGUGAAGGUAUCAACAUGGGAGACCAUCUGUGGGUCGCUCGCUUCAUCCUCCACAGAGUCUGCGAGGAUUUCGGCGUGGUGGUGUCCUUCGACCCCAAACCCAUCUCAGGAAACUGGAACGGCGCCGGCUGCCACACCAACUUCAGCACAAAGGAGAUGCGAGACGACGGAGGACUAAAAGUCAUCGAGGAGUCCAUCGAAAGACUAUCGAAGAGGCACAGGUAUCACAUCCGAGCCUACGAUCCCAAAGGCGGGCUCGACAACGCCAGACGCCUGACUGGUCACCACGAAACUUCAAACAUCGACGAGUUCUCGGCCGGCGUGGCCAACCGCGGGGCCAGCAUCCGCAUCCCUCGCUCGGUGGGCCAGGAGAAGAAGGGCUACUUCGAGGACCGCCGCCCGUCCGCCAACUGCGACCCUUACAGCGUCACAGAGGCCAUGGUGCGCACGUGUUUGCUCAAAGAAGAGGGAGAGGAGCCCACAGACUACAGCAAAUGAAGUCUAAGAUGAAGUGUCAUUACCAGUACUGUAUUUAGCCUUGUGUCUGUUUCAAGACUCCACAGACUUUUUAUUUUUUUUGACUUUUCUACUUGACAGAUGAACUAAUGAUCGCGGUAUUCUUUGUGCAUUCAAGCCGUAUGGAGCAACCGAUGCAAGUACUGCCUUUUUGUCCACAAAGCAUUGUGUCACAGCGUCAUGGUAGUUGAUCAUUUGUAUAGACGUACAAUAUUAUAAUGUGUUAAAACUUGUACUAAUGGAAACUGUCUUAAGUGCCGCAGCAUUUUUAGUGCAGCUCUUCUUACUCCCACCCAAACGAUCCCAAAGGCAUUUGAAUGUGUUAGCUGUCUCUGCCUCUGUCACAAUGGUGGUUUUGUCAUAUUGUGAGUAGGUAAGAACACAUGUAAGCCAAUCUACUUUUGUAUGUUUGUUGUUUUGUUUUUUUUUGUAAAAAUGAUGCAUGUUUUGUUUCGUCUUUUUUUUUCCACUUGUAAUUGUAGACCUCUUUAAUAAACAGCUCACAUUUUUACAUCUGA